AGACUUUCUUAUCACAACUCCGGGUUAGAUAAGGUCCAACUUAUCAAGUAUUUUUUAUAAUUCAAGGAGUAAAAUAUCUUUCUCCCAGAUGAAUUUGUAGCGGUUGUUCGGUGCGUUGUGGCGAGAGGUCGCGACAUCCUCGUAAAUAAUUUUUUACGACCCUUGUCAAUCUGACAGGUUAGAUUAAAAAAUUAUCAAGGAAUACAGAUGAGAAAUAUUUGUGUUCUUCGUUAAAUUGGACCGAUUUUCAUACAGCACGAAGUCCGGAGCGGAUACGUUGGUUUUAUUACACGAACUAAUGAAGUGAUUAAAGUAGCGACACCUUCUUUAAUUAGGGCUUGUUAAGAAUUGUUAAAGUGGUUCACUGUUGUUGUCCCAGAACUUUGUUUUCAGAUUCUUUGAGAUGGUGCUGGUUUUGAACGGUGUGCUUCAGGCAAAAUGUCCCCAAGAUACUCAAACUUUGUAUCAUUCACAUCCCGUAUACAGAGAGACUGCAACACAAUUACUAUCUAUUCCUAAUAAGGUUAUCGGACCUGUAGGACUCCUCUAUGUGCAACAAAGAGAAAUGGCCUCAACAGCCCCACACGAUAAAAACGUAAACAUAUUAGGCUCAGAUGAUGCUACAACGUGUAUUAUUGCCAACGUACGCCAUACAGGUUCAGGAGCAGUAGCCUUAGCUCAUUUCGAUGGUGCAGGAAUCGAUGACGCAAUAUGCUCAAUGAUCCAGAGGGUUCAGGAAUUAGCACUGGGUUAUCCAGAGGGUAGAAUUGAGCUGCAACUAGUCGGGGGUUACAGUGAUGCCAAUAACUAUUCGGAAGAAUUGUUUUUUAAGAUAAUGAACUCAUUUCACAAGCAGCCAGUUGAAGUGGAUCUGACUUUAGCUUGUGUGGGACAGUUAAACACAACAGUUAGAGGUGGUAUUUCUUGGCCUCUUGUUUAUGGCAUUGGAGUAAACGUGAAAACAGGUGAAAUUUUCCCUGCAACAUUUCCUGAUAAAGGACCAGAAUCCGUAUUGAGGAGUGCCAGGAACUUGACAGGUCUUCCAGAGGUGCUGGAUAUUUACGAUUCCAGUCUGGGCUUGCUGAGAAUAGGUCCAUUCAACUAUAAGCCGUUGCGUGGAGUGGAUUUGUGGUUAGGACAAACGGACGAUUUUAUUUUGAGACAUUUGUCAACAUCCCCGGAUGUGGAGCCUCCACAUUUUGUUGACGAAAUGAGGGCAACUUUGAAGUACAUCAGGGACAACCCUUUUCCAGCCGUUACAGUAUUUGGAGACAACCGUCCACACUUUUUUCGAAGAGAUGAACACACUGGCCUGUGGACACCUGCUGUUUUUUAAUGAGGUCAAAUAAAAAAAAAUUGUGUUGGAAAAAAUAUAUUUUCAAACUGGUCUAAUAAUUUUCAGAAUUAUUGUGACUGAUACUCGUGAUAAAAUUUAUUUAGAAGAUCGUAAUAAAAUUAGAGUUUCUAAUUUUGAGGUUGAGAAAAAAAAUUCAAGUACUGAUUUUUUUUAAUAUACAGGGUGGUCCGAAUUGUAUUCGGGAAACUUUGGCAGCAUGUUCUACAGAUAAAAAUAAAUAAAAAUGUUUGUAUAAAUGUAUGUCCUAGAAAGCUCUGUUUCGGAAAUACAGUGGGUAGAAAUUUCAUUUUUGGUUGAAAAAAUUGUUAUCUAGGUGUUUUUUGACAGUAGAAAUUUUAUUUUGAUGUCUGUCAAUAUAAUUCCUACUUGUAGGAGGCGCCACCUACAUAUUUUUAAGUGUUGUGUGUAUUUUUUUAUACAGGUACGUGCGAAAAGUUGUUGCCCUUCAAACUAGUUAAAAAAUAUGUAGGUGGCGUCCUCUACAAGUAGAGUCAUAUGACAUAAAAAUCUAAUUUCUCAUGUCAAAAAACUUCCAGGCAUCACUAUUCAUCGAAAUAUCGAUCUUUGUUUAGAAAUUAUUUGCAAAAAAUCAAAAUAAAAAUGAAAUUUAAAUACCCUGUAUCUCCGAAACAAAGCAUUUUAGGACAUAAAUUUAUACGAACUUUUUUACUUACUUAUCUGCAGAAUAUACUGGCGCAGUUUCCCGUUUAUAAUUUGGGCCACCCUGUAUAUUUUUUCAAUAUACAGGGUGUCCCGUUAGUGCGAGGAAGUUCAGUAUCGUCGUUGUUGUCGAAACUAUAAAAAA